GUGGUGGCGAUUCUAAAGAGCCCGUUCCCGCCGUCACUCGCGGUUAUUUCAAACUGCGCUCCCCUUCCCUUCACAAUUCUCUUCAAACUUUAAAAAAACGUAUUUAGUUUUUUGUUUCGACGUUCGGAUUUUUGUUGUCGUUAAACCAUCAAAUGUGGGAGAGGCGAGCUUAAGCGGGUCGACUGCCGAUGAGCGGUUGAAAGAGCGCUGGAGAGUCUGCGGUGCCAGAGGCCUCUUUCCCCUAGGCCUCUCGCCAAGGCCGGAGCCCACGGCGCUGAAAUGAAGCGUAAAGUGGCGCGGUCGCGGAAGCUCCGAUUGAGCCCAAACGAGGAGGCGCUGCUGAUGAAGGCCGAGUACGAGAGACGCAGGAAGCUGAGGCUGCAGCAGGUCCGGGAGCAAGAGCGGAGGAUCGCGAGCCGGGUGCGCGAGGAUGUGAAGCAGAGCCAUGAGCAGCAGGUGCAGCAGCUCACUGAGGAGCUGUGCGUCGAGUGGCACCGUGCGCAGAGGGAGAGGGCCCGAGUGCUGGAGCGCAUUUACGCGGCCAACGUCGACGCCAUCGGGGAGGGCCACCGCCACGCCAAAGAGAAUGAGCCGGACCUGGCGGCGAUGGCGUCGGCGGUGGCGGAGCAGCAGAGCCGUGCAGUGGAGCGGCACCGCGGAGCUCUGCGAGAACUCAGAGUGCAGAGAGAGCGGCAAAGCAACGAGAGCAACAGGUUGCUGCGGGUGCGGAGAGAGGUGCUGGGGGUGGAGAGGGAGAGGGCAGCGGUUGUCGCCAAGCUGCCUCCUCCGCAGCCCGAGCCCCUGGAGAGGCUUGCGAAGAAGCGGAGCACACUGGUGAAGAUGUACGACGUUGAGUGCUUUUCCCAGACCCAUUACCACCUGCUGGAGCCUUGCGCCGACCGCGAGAUUGACACUCAGCAGGUGAAUGCGCGAGCGGCUGCCGCCGAGGAGGAGCAGAGGCUGCGGACGCUGCAGGAGCAGACGGAGCGGGAGGCCAAGGAGAAGUCGGAGAAGGCGAGGUUGCGCGGGUCGCAUGCCCUGCGCAUGGUGCUGCUGCAGCAGGACCGAGACCGGCUGAUGCAGGAGCUGGAGGUGAAGCAGCAGGGAGACUGGAGGCGCAGGAGGCAAACGGUGUCCCAGCUGCCCACAGGCCUGUUUGACCCACCCCACCGGCGCAUUGAGAUCCGCCAGGAGCAGCAAAGGGACAUGGAGGAAGCCUUCGAGGACCUCUAUGCCGGCGGCGCGAGGUUGCGUGCCGAUCCGUGCCUGCGCCCAGACCCAGACCCUCUACCAGCACCGUCGGUUUGCACCCAGGACGAGGAGGUCGAGGAGGUUGAUAUUGCAGGACACCCGGAUCACAGUGGGCUGGUCAUCCGUGAAACGGAGCUAGAAUCUGAGGUGGCGCUGGUAGGGGAGGAAGAGGAGGAACCCACGGCCGGGCCCUCUACUGCUCAUCCUGAGACCAACAAGGCUGCAGGAGGAGAGGGCGUCGAAGGCCCCCGUCGGCCUACUCAAAAGGCCCUGAGCCGCCUGCUGGGCCGCAUCAACAGCCAGCGCGAGCAGUGGCUCUCUCGGGCCCAGGCAGGGCCUACGCAGCCCGUGGAUCCGCCGAAGGGGCCCUCGUGGAUGGAAGCAGAGGACGAGAGCGUUGUGGCCGGGGCGGUCUCCAUCGUCCGCCCACGUGAGCGGCUCGACACUAGGCAGAUGCCCACCACGCAGCGCCACCAGCAGUUGUCGGAUGGUGCUGGUAUUCAGGCGUCGUUGCUGGAGGAGCAGAAGAGGCAACAGCUGCUGCUGCUCGAGCAGCUGGAGCAGCAGAAGAGAGAGCUGGAGGCUCGGCUUGAGCAGGAGCGCAGUGAGCUGGAGGCCCCGGAAGUGCGCGCACACACAUGGCUUUCUGGUCGCAUCCCGCCCGCCUCCAGGGUGGAAGUCAAGGCACCUGAGCCUGGUCGGCUGGACAGAGAAGCACGGGGCAUGGAUGAUGUGGCGCAGGAGGAGCAGGGAGAGCGGGCAGCGACUCUUCCUCGUGCACUUCACUCCCUGGACACGACACUACGGGGGGCAUUGGAGCCUGCGCUGUCCAGGCCAGAUGAGCGCACUCUUGCCGUUCGGCUCCAUCAGCAGUGGCUCGUGCAACAGAACAGGAUGCAUCAGCAGUCUGUUGAGGAUGCCCGUGAGAGACUCAAGGAAUACCAGGAGGUGCUCAAGAAGAGGUACUCUGCCAUCUUCAGCUCUGCGCCACCCACUGCUCAACCCGUGGCCAUUCCUUCACCCCCGGUCGCUGCAGCUGCUGCCCCGCCAUCACUUCCUGUCAGCGGCCCGCCCCGGGUGGCAGCACCUGCUGCCGGCGCCUCACCGCUUGCGCCCGACAGAACCGUUGGCGCGUCGCCCUCGGGCGCGGAGGCGUCGCGAGCGGCGAUGUUUUUGGACAGGCAGUUGACGGGAACCGACCGACCAUGCGUGGACACCUCGCUGCUGCCGUCCCCACGGCCAGCCGCUCCUUCGCUUCCGCUGAGCACGGCGGCCUCACCCGUGGAGCUUUCGUUCGAAGGCCGCGUCCCGGCCUCGCCCUCUCGGCCGCGACAAGCCCAGCUUGCGUCCUUCGUGCCCGCUGCGUUCCCGCUCGGCAAGCCGCGGCAGCAGAGCAGGGUGACGGUCCCUGGUGCCGAACCGCCGCGACGGCAAACGCAGUCUGACGCUCGAGCACAGGUAGCGCGUGGCACCACGGCCUUGUGGCGGGGACUUCUGGAACCCCCCACUGCAGUGGAAUUGACAAACCCCAAACAACUUGUCCCGUUCGAGGGAAAGUCCUCGACGAUGCCGGAAUCUACGUCACGAGGAAUGCUCAACUUCGAGCCGGACGAGGGAGGGGCGGCCGCCCCCAGCGUGGGACCGCGGGGCCGAGCGGUUCCCUCGUGGCUCGCCGGGCACUGGAAUUCCCUUGCCGGGCGAGCGGCGUUGCCAACCGAGCUUGAGGCGCCGUCGCCGGUGGACUCCAAUCCCCCGUGGCCGGCGGAAUCUGCACCUCGGCCGUGGGAUGCCCGGAAAUUGCCAGCGAUGCCGACUCACAAAUGGGAGGGCGAGGGCGAAGUGCAGAGGUGGACGCAGGGCGCUCGGCAAGACGAGGAAGGAGAAGGAGGAGUGUGGAGCAGCAAUGAGGGGGUGCAGCAGCAGCGUGACCUCUCUCGCUCCACAGAGGAGAUUGGCGUCGGCGGUGAGAGGCCGGAAGCCGCGUGGGAGCACUCUGAGCUGGCUCAGCGGUACGACCUAAUGUCUUCCCUGUUCCGAGCCCUGGAGGGGCCCGGUAGCGCCAAAAUUCCGGAGCGGAGCCAUCCACAGGAGCUGGACCACAUUGGUGAGGAGGCAACGGAGCGCGGCGCCUUCAACUGCUUAUCUGAGGGCGAACCGCUGCCGGCCGCCGUACCGCUUCUAUCCGGAGCUGGCGGGCUCGCGGUGGGCGUGGAUUCCGUCUUUCACCUGGGGCGGCCCGUCCGCGAACGGCCCCCCGUGGCCCGCUCACGCCUCGGCCUUCUGGGACUCAUCGAGCAGCAUGAGCUGAGCGCCAUCCAGGAGGUGGACACGCCGCGCAGCGACAAGCAGCGCUCUGCCCUCGGCCUGGGUGGCUCGUUGCUGGAAGCGACCGCGGACAGCGAGUUUGGGGCCUCGUGCCGGGAGAGACUGCGUUUCUCCGGCGCCCUCGGUGAGGAUGAGGUUGAGGAGCUGGGCGAGGACAACUCGUACAGGGACGGGCGACUGGAGGCGUCGUCUCGGGUCUCGGCCGAGGGACGUCCGCGCUCGUACUCCCCGGGCGACUCCGUCUACGGUGACGGCGGUGACGGUCGCAACUGGAGGGACGUACUGCUCGCUCCGUCCAGCAGCACGUGGGACGGUUCAACUCAGUCACCUGCAGUGCCGCCUGGCAUUUCCGCUGACGUGAGCCUGGGAAUGCCAUCUUUCUUCAACGGAAGCCGUCUCCCACACACCGAGGCAUCUCCCAGCUACAUGGAAUGGCAGACCCCCGCAGAGGCCCGGGCCUCCCUGGGGAAACAUGCAGCCUCUUCUCCCUCGGCCUCUCCUCCCUCGGCCGAGUCCCCCGCAAGCAGCGAGUCUCUGGCCACCACCUCCCCAGCCUUGGGCGCCAUCUCCAGCGGCAGCCUCGUCUCGCUCUCCAGCGGCCGGCUGAGCCAGGAAACGCUUGGGGAAGACGGGGCGCGGGAGGUCUGGGCGAGGCCAGCUGCCACCGCGGACGGGCCGCGGGGCCCUCCGGCCACACCAGGCAGUCGCCUGGGGCCCGGAGGCCAACAGGGAGACCCUGACUGGAUGCUCUUGCCACACGGCCCGCACCGUGCCGCCCCGUCUGAGCACAGCUCCAUCUACGAGAUCAUAGCCAAGUACACGCAGCCAAAGCACCAGCAGCAGGGUGCCCAGCCGUCGACGGAGCCGCGCGUCGCCCCCUCGCACGAGCCUCUGGCGGAGCACCCGGAGUCGACCGACACGUGGGACCCCAGUUUCGAUGCGGGGCUGGACUUGAGCCGCGCGGACGCUGGGGCCCUGGAGUUUCAGCCUCUGGCCGCAGGGCCCGACUACACCCUCGACACAUCCUCGCUCGCCGGCGACACGCGCCCCUCGCAGGUUCACUCUGCCAGUCUGGCACUGUCUGGCACCGGUUCAGGGCUCAGUCGGAUCUCGGGUACGUUGUCCGACUCGUCUUGCCCGAGCGCAUCCCUCUCAUCCGCGCUGAGUGUCGCGUCUAGCCACCCUGGACAUCGCGAGCCCCAGUCCAGGGAGCCAGGCGAGGACGACGACCCCUCCUUCCGGGCGCUCCUGCCGGAAAUGACGCUGCACGAUUGCAGCCUGGCCACACAAGACACCUCAUCCAACUCCACCCCUUCCGGUGCCUCGUGCUCGGUUAGCAGUCCCGCGGGGUUGGUCGUGGCUGAGGGCGGCGCCUCCGACACGUCACACGUGGCGCUGGGGCCCGACGAGGGGUCCUCCGGCGGGAGUGCGGCCACGCUCGUGUCCGUACCGAGUCGGUCUUUGCCGCCGGCCACGGGAAGCCUCCAGCGAAGCUGUACGUUCGCAGCAUCCGGAGAGACGCAGCAACCGCCCCGUGGCGACGACGACAGCGUAUCGGCUCGCAACACGGACACCACCGGAGCCUCUGACCGACCGAGUCCGGACGCGUCGUCGCUCCCUGAGCAAGCACUCCUCGCGACGGACGACUCGCCCUUGAGCGAGUACACGCUGGCGGAACACUCCAGCAGCGCCACCGCGCGGUCGGAUCCCGAGCUCAACCGCGCCGAUUUCCGGGCGUGCGCCGCACUCAGCGACUACGGCAGCAGCUUUUGGAGUUUGAGUUCGGAUUUCGGCGGCGGCGGCAGCGGAGUCCCGGCAGCGGCAGCGGGCGGGAGCAGCCGGGCCGACGAGCGCGUGUGGUGUGAGCUGGCGAGCAAGCGGGAGGGAGGCGCGGGGGCCGGGUGGGACGUGCUAUCAUCGGGGGAGCUGGGACAGCAAGAGGAACUCCGUCGGAUGGAUUCCUCAGCUUCGUGGAGCCAGAAUCUCUCACUGCUGCUCGCCUUCCCCGGCACGCGUGUGUGGGACUCGGGCCAGGAGACCGGGAUCCUGGAGGAGCCCGAGUUGACCCUGGUGACCCUGACGGACACUGAGUCGAGCGUGCAACAUGAGCUAUCGCUGGACGUGACGCUCGAGGGCGACACGCAACCGCCUGCUGAGGACAAUGAAGUAACGGGGCGGACGCCAGGCUGUGCCACUGAUUCGCCGGGACAGCAGCAGCCGGGCCCGAGCACAUCGCUUCAGUCGACAAGCGAAGUGGUCGUGUCGGGCUGCGGACACUCUGCUUCCAGCCUGCAGGAGGCGUUCCAGCGGAGGAAGCAGGGCUUUAUCGUGCAGUCGGAGAAACGCGUGCGAGAGGCGAGGAGGAGAGAGCAGGCCGUGCCCAGCGCCACCGCCCAGCGCGCCAGGGAGCGCAGCGGCAGGGAGCGUGCGGGUGGCGCUGCCCCCACUAAGCUGGUCGACGUUCCCGUGUCUUCCCAGAAGUGCUCCCUGAAGAAGGUCGGGGAGGUAAAGGUGGUCACGUCCGCCGACAGGAAGAGCGCGGAGGAAGAGGCUGUCAAGAGGACGGCCAGGUUGUACGAACGGCUAGAGGAGGUAAAGAACAAGAGGGAGGCGGAGCAGAGGAAGGACGUGUAUACCAGGAAUCGCGAGAAGGCGAAGGCAUUCCACCAGAAAACGCUGCAAAAAUUGAGGAGCAAGAAGAUGUAGCAGGGACGGGUAUCGAUUGAAAUCGUGCACGCGAGUGUUUUUAAUCUUGAACUAUUUAUUGACGUGUCCACUUAAAUGUACCGUAAUGAUUCGUGUUUGUGUGGGAAAAUUCCCUGUUUACAAAGUAGUCGUGGGCCUUUGGAUGUGGCCUACACACAUCCCGUCCAAUGAACGCCGGCGGGAUGUUUUGCUUGUGAUAUAUUUAUUCACGAAAAUUACUUUACACAAACCUCCUCCCCCCCGCUUGAAGUGUUCCACACUGGGUGUAGUUCUCAUAUUGAUACAGCACCGAGACUAUUCUGUUUUCUUUAAGCUGUAGCAUUUGAAUCUUUAUUAAAAUGCGUACUUAUGGGCUAAUUUGGCUGUGUAGUUUCAGUAGCUUGUAAAAGCCGGUUUUUCGUGAUUGAAGGUAAUGAGAUUCCUGUGCUCAUUAAAUAAUGUCAACAGACUUGGCAAUACCGAUGAUUAUCAUGCUUUAUCUUAAACCGAUUCAUGCAUAUCCAUAUACGCUAUGAACAGGAGAACAUUUACUUCUUCAAUAAUAAUUUACAGAUCUGUAAAUUUUCUGCUGGAUAAAUGCCCCUCCCCCUUAACGCUUUGGCGACGGGGGUGCUGUUUGACCAUACUUUACCACGAUGGUCAGUGUGGGUUUGUGAAGGUUCGGAGUCUACCAGUUCAGAUAUUACUCGCCAUUUAUGUUAGUCAUGGUGCGGAAUCGAAUUCAAGUCGCCAGUUUCAGAAUGCAGUGUGCUAACCUCUGUGCCACCACUCCAUCGCACUGUUUCCACACCAGCAUUAGCAUAAUCUACAAGCAUUCCUUCAACAACACAUUCCGUUCUACAGUCCUGUGGUUUGAUGUGCACCGAUGAUAACAGUUUGCAAUAAAAUGGUAAUAAAUGUUUGUUCAAAAAAGU